UGAGCCUGAAGGCAGACGUUUAAUGACUGAGCCACCCAGGCGCCCCUAGUGAAGUGUUUUUAAAGUGGAUUUGGGCUGUUGAUACAAAAAUUCUCAAAAUUUUAUUAAAAGUUUCCCUGGGUAGAAGAAUAAGUCAUACGUGAGUUUCAGGGUUUAGACAUUUCAUACCUAAGUAUCACGUCUUAGUUAGCUGUUUAUGGUCUCAAUAUAUAUGUUUAAGAACAAUAAGAAUCUAAGUUGUUAGUUGUAGUCUGAAUUCCAGAACUAAUGUAUGUGUUAUAUGUUAUUUGGUUUAGCUUUUAAUAAGUCUCUUUCUGCAGGAACCAUUGCAGUGGAUAAAUUUUAAAUCCUUCACCUUGGAACUCUGACCUUGACAUCUUCCUGCAGUUGUUUAUGAUUUAAAAAUCUUUCCAUGUUGUCUGUGAAUAGAUCUGCUGAUAAUUAUUAGGUUGCUGCUGGCCAGAAGUGAAAGAUAGGAUAGUGAGAAAAAGGCUACUGCUUUAUGUCUGCAAUGAAUCUCUUCUGUCAGUUCAGUAUAGUGCCGUAGUUAAUUUCAGAAGGAAAAUGGGUCAAGCUUGAAAAAACAACGUACAUGGAUCCUACUGGGAAAAUAAGAACUUGGGAAACUGUGAAACGUACAACCAGGAAAGGACAGUCGGCUGAUGGCGUGGCGGUCAUCCCGGUGCUGCAGCGGACUCUUCAUUACGAGUGCAUCGUUCUGGUGAAGCAGUUCCGGCCACCGAUGGGAGGCUACUGCCUAGAAUUCCCUGCAGGGCUCAUCGAUGAUAAUGAGAGCCCAGAAGCAGCCGCUCUUCGGGAGCUUGAGGAAGAAACUGGCUACAAGGGCGAUGUUGCCGAGUGUUCUCCAGCUGUAUGUAUGGAUCCAGGUUUGACAAACUGUACCACACACAUCGUGACAGUGACUAUUAACGGGGACGAUGCUGAAAACGUGAGGCCUAAGCCAAAGCCAGGAGAAGGAGAAUUUGUCGAAGUAAUUUCCUUACCAAAGAAUGACCUGCUGAAGAGACUUGAUGGUAAGCAUUAAGACUAUUCCCCAACUUCCUCAAUUUUCCCCAUCCUCAGCCCCAUCCAGUGGGGCACUAAAUAGAAUUCCCCUUCUGUAAUUAUAGUCUUCCUCAUUAAAGUCAAAUACCUAGAAACUGUUGUACAACUGCAGUUCACCAACAGUAAUUUUCCUUUCUGGGUGGCAGAGUUUGAAAAUGUGAGCAAAACAUUCUACGUCAAGUGAAAGCUUUCAGUAGUGUGGAUUUUUUUUUUUUUUUCUAUAGAAGAGUCAGGAUGAUAUUCCUAUAGAUUUGCCAAAACUCUAUACCUCAAAUCUCUAAUCCAUGGCAAUGCAGAGGCCUAAGUAGGUAUCUCUUAGCUGAUCCUCCAAGAUGCUAACCUGCUGGAUGGUUCUCUGUGCAGGAUUGAAGCUAAAGGAGAAUUUAACACUAUUCCUUCUGCAAAGAUGGAGGUAUAGGAAGAGCAAUAUGCUGAUAUAAUGAAUCAGACUACCGGUGUGACCCCUAGUAAAUCACUGGUCGUGUAAUUCCUGGUCAAGCCAUCUCCUAGGGAUCUGGUAAAAAAAUUAAAUAAGGUUAUGUGGACAAAUGUCCCCUGAUGGAACCACAGUAGGAGGUACUGUACUGGAGACAGACAGAGGCCCGGCUGGGAGGGCCCCAUUCACUCAUUUGUAAAGAAACAGAUAAUCUUGGUGGUGGGUAUUGAGGAGGGCACGUUCUGCAUGGAGCACUGGGUGUUAUGCACAAACAAUG